AUGGCGAGACUCCUCAUCGCUCUGGGCAUUCUGCUCAUUCUGCAAAUCGCCUCAUCCAAUAAACUGGUGUGCCACAUGACCAACUGGGCCCAGUACAGGCCCAGCAGUGCCAAAUUCACACCAGACAACAUCGAUCCCUUCCUGUGUACACAUGUCAUCUAUGCACUGGCCACCAUCAACAGCUUCAACCAGAUCAGCCCCAUUGAGUGGAACGAUGAGCAGCAGUUCAGCAGGCUCAACAGCCUCAGGAAUGUCAAUCCUGCACUGAAGACUCUGCUGUCUGUUGGAGGCACCGUCAAUGGACUGAGCCCAUUCAUCGCCAUGGUUGCCAAGCCUGAGAGUCGUGCAGCUUUUAUCAGGUCGGCCAUCAGCUACCUGCGCACCCAUAACUUUGAUGGGCUGAACCUUGCCUGGGAAUAUCCUGGACACAAUGGCAGCCCAUCGGUGGACAGGGAGAGGUUCACUUUGCUGGUCACUGAACUGUCCAAGGCCUUUGAGGAUGAUGCUAGAGACAACAGGAAGACUCAGCUGCUGCUGUCAGCCAACGUUGGUUCUUUCCGUCCUACUAUCGACAGAGCCUACGAAGUCAACAAGAUUGCAGUUCAUCUUGACUUCAUCAAUGUCAUGACCUAUGACUUCCAUGGACACUGGGAGGCAGCUACCGGACACAACAGCCCACUGUACCGCAGCUCUGUGGACUCUGGCUCACACCUUUAUCACAAUAUUAACUCUUCUAUAGCCCAUUGGCUGGCUCUGGGAGCACCAUCUGAGAAGCUGCUGCUGGGUUUCCCCACCUACGGACGAACCUACCGCCUUAGCAGCGGUGCUACUGAUCUUGGAGCACCAGCUAACGGGCCCGCAGACGCUGGACCCUACACUCGCACUGCCGGCUUCUGGGCCUUUUAUGAGAUCUGUGACUUCACCUCCAGUGCUACUGCUGGAUGGAUCUCUGAACAAGAGGUUCCUUACGCCACCUAUGGCAGUUCCUGGGUGGGAUAUGAUGACAAGCGAAGCUAUUCUUCCAAGGUCCAGUGGAUGACUGCCAACAACCUGGGAGGUGCUCAUGUGUGGACUCUGGACAUGGAUGACUUUGGUGGAUACUUCUGCUCAAGUGGAACUUAUCCUCUAGUAAAUCACCUCAGGAUGUCAAUGGGCUUCGCCCCAAAGCCGACCACCACCCCAGCCCCCACCACCACCAGGGACCCCAUUGCAGAAUUCUGCCGUGGCCGACCUGAUGGCCUGUAUGAGAAUGCAUCUGAUAAGACCACCUACUUCCAGUGCUUCCAAGGAAACACCUACCUGCACCGCUGCCAGCCUGGCCUCAUCUACUGGGACUCCUGCAAGUGCUGUGACUGGCCAUGAGUCAGUUAGAAACUUGUACUGAUUAACCUGAGUUACAACUGGAAACAGAAUUUGAGAAAAUUGCUCUUUGCAGCUGGCUAACUGCUUUCCAAAACAAAAUAAACAAAACAAAUAAAAAAAACCUUAACAUUAUAUAAUAUGAUGAAUGACAUGCCAGAUUUACUUG